UAACCUUUCAGAGAUUCAUACUAGUCUCCUUACUGAAUACUCCCCGCUCCGCAACAUGGCACAAGAAGACUUCGACGUCCCUAUGGACACCCAAGAACAAGAACAAGACGUUGACUUAGAAAAAAUCAAAUUAUUACCCAAUGCCUCUGACGAUGGUACCUCUGCAUCAUUCCAAGUUAUCGAUGAAGACCACACGUUGGGGAAUGCCUUGCGUUACAUAAUAAUGAAGAACCCAGAAGUAGAGUUCUGCGGUUACUCAAUCCCCCAUCCUUCUGAAAACAAACUCAAUAUCAGAAUCCAGACUUAUGGUAAUAUAACUGCUGUCGAAGCUUUACACCAAGGAUUGGAUAACUUAUCCGAAUUAUGUGUCACCAUAGAAGGUAAUUUCCGUGAACAGCUUGAAAAAGGUGAUUAUAAAUCAAUUGAACCUUAACCUAAUUGUCAUUAACUCCUUUGUAUAUUAAAUUCUUUGCAUUUAUGUUUUCUUCUUAUCCGUUUAUUUGUAAUAUA